ACAAGAUAGAAAGAAAGGCACUCUGUAAGUGUGUACAUAUAUGAGAUGAAUGCAUAAAAAAGAAAAAGAAAAAAAAAAAAAAAACAAUAUGUGAGAAGAAGAAGGUAAAGUCAUUUUGUAGAGAGAGAUUUGAGAAAAGGAGCUAGCUUAGCACCCUGCUCAUUUAGGCAUUUAAUUUCGUUUUACCCCCUCACAACUUGUUUUUAAUGGAAAUUGGUCACAGCAAAGUCACAAAUAAAUGUGUUGACGGAUUGGGUUUGUUACGCACGCAUUACCCAGGCUGGCCGUGUGUGAAACUGUAUCCUAAUCGAGGAUGGGACAAAAAGCUCAAAUGUUUUUUAUAUUUAUUAGUCAAAUUGGAAAAAAAAAAAAAAAAAAUUCAAUUUUUAUUUGUUUCUCCUGAAACUAAAACUCUUUACCAGAAGCUGACGGAUUGUGCGGGUGUGAAGAAAGGAUAAGACGACAGAAGAGGACAAAACUGGCGAGAGCUCCGGCCAGAUGGGUGCUUCGAUAUCCGUCUCCGAGAAAUCCAUCCACCAAUUCACCGUCAAGGAUAGCUCCGGCAAGGACGUUGACCUUAGCGUUUAUCAAGGGAAGGUUCUCCUCGUCGUCAACGUCGCUUCUAAAUGCGGUUUCACGGAAACCAAUUACACACAGCUCACAGAACUUUACCGGAAAUACAGAGAUCAAGGGUUUGUGAUCUUGGCGUUUCCUUGCAACCAGUUUAUGUACCAAGAGCCUGGAACAAGCCAAGAUGCUCAUGCUUUUGCUUGUACUAGGUUUAAGGCCGAAUACCCGGUUUUCCAAAAGGUCCGUGUAAAUGGGCAAAACGCAGCACCAGUCUACAAAUUCCUCAAGUCAAAGAAGCCCACUUUCCUGGGAACGAGGAUCAAAUGGAACUUCACUAAGUUCUUGGUCGGGAAAGAUGGUCAAGUCAUUGAUCGUUAUGGCCCAACAGUUCCACCUCUCUCCAUCGAGAAUGACAUCAAGAAAGCCCUUGGAGAGUUACCAAGUGUUAACCCUUGAAGACACUGAGACUGGCUUCUUUUUUUUUUUGUAGAGAAGAAUUCAGCUCUUCAAGGCUACGACUCUCCGAAUUGUACUUCUCUCUCAAACCAAAACAAAAAACAAAAAAAUCGAGGACGAAAAUGUUAAUCAAAAGACAAUUUGAUUCUUGAGAAAGAGAAAUCGCUAAAUUUGUUUGAUCUAAUCGUUUACUUUCUAUGGUUCUGAUCUAUCAAUGUACCGAUUGAAUUUGGCGCAUCAUACUCACGUGCUAUGUUUGACCACUCUUUGAUGAGUUCAUCUUCCUUGUUAAUUACCUGUCAAA